AUGAACCUGGCCAGCGUACCUCUCAUAUUUCAGGUAAUUAUCUUCUUCGUGUUAUAUUUUAAUUUUUUGUAGAAGGCUGUUUUUUGGUUUGCUUGUUAGUCUGAAAACAACGCUCCUGAGUAAAGUGACUCACUCGUUUCUCAAAUCUGAAAUUUUCUAAACGGCUUUUUUUUUCUUAUUUUUUUCAUUCAAUAAAAACUAUUAAUAAUUUAUAUAUUUAAUCUGAGUAUACAUUUUUAUUCUGUGAUUCCAAAUUUUUUUUAGUUAGAUUGUCUUUUACAACAAAAAGGUUUAACAAACCUUUUUGUUGUAAAAUUUGGAGAAUGAAAUAAAAAAAUAAAAAAAUGAAAAAUAACUAUUUUUUUCAAAUUUUUCAGAAUUGUUCAAACAUAUUCAUAGCAAAUAAAGACGAAAAAUAUGCGAAAUGUACGAUUCCAAAAGGAGAAGAUGCUUGUAACCUACUCAAGGUAUCGCUGUAAUAAGGGAAAUCAACCACGUUUCUCCAGGAACUUCACAGGGCCAAAGAGUUCCGAACGUACUUCUUGGCGGUUCUGCCGAUCGUUCUAUCAGUGAUAGCCUUCCUUCUGAACAUAACUUAUUUUGUGAUCCUCAUUCGCUGCUUCAUUUCCGAUGACAAUAAGUGAGUCUUCGACAACUCCUGCCAUAAACAAACAGUUUUUGCAGUUAUCGUAAACGUUACGUCUUUCUGAUGAGUCGGACCGUUUCUAUACUGCUUGCAAACGUGUUGCUGUACGUGGUCGUCAUCGUGUGGAAAAGCGACGGAUUCGUCUAUACUUCCGCCAUGAUCUUCAUCUUUCUCGGCGCCCUCAACUUCCUUUCUGUCACUGGUUCUUUUUCAUGAACCUUCUACAAUUUCUCUCGAUCCAGGUACAUAUAUCGGGCUCACAACGCUGCUCUACACUGCUAUAACUCACAAUUUUUGGUACCGAUAUUCUUUGCGACUGAAGCACUGCGUCGCCGGAGUCGCUCUAAUGUGGCUCCUCUCUGCGGCUUCGUCGGUUUGUUUUUUUUUCUUCUUAAAUUUAAGAAUGCGUCACAAGCUUUUCAAGCAAGGUGCUAUUUCUUUGGGUGAAAAAAGGAAAACCGUCGAGUUUUUUUGUAUUUAUUAAAAAUCGUUUUGUUGCUUUUUAUUUUCACCGUCCCGGUUGAAUGGAAGUGUUCAGAGAAUAUAUUACCGCUGAAGAGGAUCCUGUUCGAGAUUUCAUCAAACUUUAGCUUUUCCGUUCAUCUUCUUGUUGUAGAUUUGUGUUGGACUCUGGGGGGCGACUCUGUUUUAUCCGGAUUCGGCUCCAGUCAGCUGCGAGUUGGAAACCUGCCAACGUCCUCUCGCAAUCUGUAUCGGUUCGUCUCAUGAUCGAUACCAAAAUCUUGUACAAAAAUUCAAAAAAUUUAUCAACAAAAACGGUUGGAAAAGGCGAAAAUAUUGGAGAGGGGCAUACGUUUCAUGCUUUGGGAUCAUUUUUUUCUCUCGAGAUCAAAAUUCUACAAAAUAUCCCACUGACCUUGUCUUCGCCUCUCAAAAGUUCUAAAGAAGUUUCCAGUUGUCUGCUUGGCUCUUUGUUACUCCACAGUUCUUGGUCUCUACGUUCUGAUGAUGAUAAGACUGCAUCUGAUCACUCGCAAUUCGACUUUUGUGAAGGUGAGCUCGGAGACCUGAGAGAAAUAGUUAUUUUGUCUGUCAGACCAAGUCGGCGACCAACAACAUGACUGCAAUAAAGCGACUCGGCCUCAAUAUGCUCACUUUCGCGGUCGGGACGAUCCCCAUUCUGAUCGUCUGUAUUGUGGCAGUCAGCAACCUGGGUGAAUUGGCUUUUUUGGGUGAGAAAGGCUUUGGAUCACUUCGACAUCCAGUUACUUUCAGGGGAAGGUGACAAGACGCCUUGCAAGUCUUUCACGAACAGUCCUUUAUUCGUCGAAGUUGAAAUUCUCGCCAGCGUCGCUGCGAUUGUUUGGCAAGCUUUUUUUUUUGAAUAUCUUUAUCCUUUUUUUUGAAUAUUUUUUUCUCUCACAGGUCAUUAAUGUUCCUGAAAUAUUGGAUGAGGAAAAAAAUUAUAUCAAAGUAUAGCAGACACAAAAAAAUUUUUUUUUAUCUUACUCAAGUUUUCUUUUCAGCGUGGAAGAGAUUCCUUCUAAUUUUUUUCAAAGUUAAAAUAUGCCAAACCUAUGAUGCAUGUGUACAAAAUUUUUUUAUGUGCAAUCAAACCUUUUUGAAAAAUUUAUUCCCCUCAAAUUUUUUUGUUAGCAUCACCUUUAAACUGAAUGAACAGACCUCUGCAAUUAAAAAAAAUUUUUUCAUUGUUAUCUUUUUUGAAACUUUCUAUUUUGGCUUCAGACAUUUCUGCGAUCCAGCUCGAAUUUUUUCAAACUAGAUUUCGCAAAAGUCUUUGUAAGCAUACUGAUGAUAAAAUCGAGUUUAGGUUGAUUGCGAUGAUAAUUGAUCCGGUGAUCAACACGCUGGCCGACCAGAAGAUGAGCCGCAUGUUCAAGAAUGGAGUGAGCACGACCUUUUUUUCAGAAACUUCCAAAGUCUCGCGUUUCAGGCAGUUCGCCUCGGAAGGAGCAUUAAGAGCCUCAGGACCUUGUCCACCCAAAGGACCAAAGUUCAAUCCACAGCCGAAAACGAAUGA